UUAUUCUCUGGAUAAAGCCUCCCCCAGAUUCAAACUCCUCUCUCUGCCCAGCCCUCUUGAUUUAAGCUGGCCAGGCUUGUGGUGAAGUUGAGCCACUCGUCAGGCUGUUGAGCGAUCUUGUUAACAUUAUAAAACAAAAAGAAACAGACAGAAUGGCGGAAGGAGAGGACCGGACCGAUGUUCGGUCCUUCGCUCGGCCCUUUCCGGCUUUCCCUUCCCCUUCGUCUCGACUCUCCGCCGACGCCGACGCCGACGCCGAGCCGACAUCGCUAUCCCUGAUGUAGAUCGCUUCCCCUUCGUCCUUGUACUUUCCGGCUUUCCCUUCCCCUUCGUCUCGCUAUAUAUCGGCAUUGCUAUCCCUGAUGCAAAUAGGCGUCGCCCAGCAUCUCUCUCUCCCCCCGAUUUGCACUACCGUGCUCGCCGUCGGUAAGCUCCUUCCGUCCUAACCCGAACCGAAACCCUAAUCCUAAUCGUUUACCGAUGGUUAGUUUCGACGGUCGACCCACACCGACGACCAGACCGACAGAGUAUUCCUUUCCUUGUGCUUCGACGAUCGACCCACACCGACGACCGACAUAGAUCAUUUAACUGCACCGUGAUCCAAGCUGUGCUUCCAGAAAUGGGAGAAGAAAGGAAUGGCAAUGUAAGCAAGGUGUUUCUGAGGUUGGGGAGCUUUAUGAGAAAACUUUCAUUUGGAAUCCUAUCUGUUGGUCCCAUCCCCACCCACAUUGCCUUCAUCAUGGAUGGAAACAGAAGGUAUGCUAAGAAGAAAAACCUUGAGGAAGGGGCUGGACAUAGAGCUGGGUUUUUAGCACUGAUGUCUCUGUUGAAUUAUUGCUAUGAAUUAGGGGUGAAGUACGCAACAGUCUAUGCAUUCAGCAUUGAUAACUUCAAAAGAAAACCAGAAGAGGUUCAACAACUUAUGGACUUGAUGCAGGAGAAGAUUGAAGGAUUGCUAGAGGAGGGGAGUAUAGUGAAUCAAUAUGGAAUUAGGGUUUACUUCAUUGGAAACUUGAAACUUCUGAAUGAGUCAGUUAGGGCUGCAGCCGAAAAGGCGAUGAAAGCAACAGCCAACAACACGAAGUGCGCGCUAUUGAUCUGUGUGGCUUAUACUUCAACCGAUGAGAUAGCUCAUGCAGUCCAUGAAUGUUGCCAAGAGAAAAAGGAUGAAAUGCAAGAAGAGAAUGCUGAUAAAAUGUAUGAGAUUCAAACAUGGAAUGAAGAAAACUUCGAAGAAAAGCAGAAGUAUCAUCGCAUAAAGCUGGUGGAUCUUGAGAAGCACAUGUACAUGGCUGUGGCACCUAAUCCGGACAUUUUGAUUCGAAGCUCAGGCGAGACCCGGCUGAGCAACUUUCUUCUUUGGCAAACAAAUGACACUCUUUUAUGCUGUCCGAGAGCGCUGUGGCCGGAGAUUGGUUUUUGGCAUUUAGUGUGGGCAGUAUUGAACUUCCAAAGGAACUACUCAUACUUGGAGAAGAAGAAGAAGCAGCUGUGACAUUCUCCUCGACACAAGGUCUCAUCCACUUGUGCCAAAAUAUAUACUUCAGCUCAGCUUCAACCAUUUAUCUACAAUACAAGUCAAGGUCUGGGCGAGGUAUAUCUCCAUGAAUCCCUGUUAUUUUCUAUAGUAUGGUAUGUAUUAUGUACUUGUAGCCUAUGCAUUCAGGCAUAUUUAACAAGCAUUAUAUUUAUAGAAGCCUAUGUUUAUAACCCGUGCACUGUUUUGUGCAAGUAUAUUUCAAUAUACAAUGUCUUCAUGUUGGAAUA